CUCUCCAACUGGACGACGUGCUCUCACACUUACACACUUACAGCCUUUGCCUGCACAUUGUCAGUCUCACUCGCCGCUCUUCUCUCCCUAAUUUUCCUUAGCAGUGCUUUUAAAAACUAAAAAUAUGGCAGAAAAACUGCAAAUUUCGAAAAAACGAAAGUUUGUCCGCGAGGGACUUUUCCGUGCAGAGUUGAACGAGUUCCUUAUGCGAGAGUUGGCCGAGGAUGGCUACUCCGGACUGGAAAUUCGUGUGGCCCCCAACCGCACAGAGAUCAUCAUUAUGGCGACGAGGACACAGAACGUAUUGGGAGAAAAGGGUCGCAGAAUCAGGGAGUUGACGUCCGUGGUCACCAAGCGGUUCGGAUUUGCUCCAGGUUCCAUUGAGCUCUAUGCCGAGAAGGUCGGAGUUCGUGGUCUUUGCGCCAUUGCUCAGGCCGAGUCCCUUCGUUACAAGUUGGUGGGUGGUUUGGCUGUUCGACGUGCUUGUUAUGGUGUGUUGAGAUUCAUCAUGGAAUCUGGAGCCAAGGGAUGCGAAGUCGUCGUGUCUGGAAAGUUGAGAGGUCAGCGAGCCAAGUCGAUGAAGUUUGUUGACGGACUGAUGAUCCACAGUGGUGACCCGACCAACCACUACGUCGAUACCGCCACUCGCCACGUGCUGCUUAGGCAAGGAGUAUUGGGAAUCAAGGUAAAGAUCAUGCUUCCGUGGGAUCCCAACGGCAAGAUCGGACCUAAGAAGCCACUACCUGAUCACGUUAACGUUGCUGAACCUAAGGAUGAACUGUCCUUUAAAGACAUCCCAGCCAUCCCUGUCAAACCAGUAGGUGUACCAGAUGUGCCGGGGAUGGUUGCGUAAAUAAAUAUUUACAUCUUUAUUUACUGAAAUUGUAAUGCGCGACGACAACAGGAUCAUCCAGUUUUUGAAUAAAAUUUAAAACUCGAGUUUUUA